AUGUCCUCAUCUGCCGUUCCAAAUUCUGCCCCCAAACGCCUUCAAGGAAAGGUAGCUGUCAUAACGGGCAGUUUAUCCGGAAUUGGGCGGGCCAUCGCUCUAGCAUAUCACAGGGAGGGGUGCACAGUAGUCUGUUCAGACAUCAGCUCAAAUAAUGCCGAGGAGCUACAAACCCACGAAAUAAUUAGCAAGGAGGGGGGUACGACAACGUUCUGUAAGGCCGAUGUGUCGCAGACAGAUGAUAUGAAAGCUCUUGUCCAGACAGCGGUGGAUAAGUAUGGUCGCAUUGAUAUCUUUGUCAACAAUGCGGGAAUUGCCCCGGAAGGUCAACAUCCCGCUCCCAUCUGGGACACUGACGAAUCGACAUGGGACCAGGUCCUCAGUGUCAACUCCCGCGGUGUCUUCCUGGGCACCAAAUAUGCCAGUCGUCAGAUGAUCGAACAAGAUCCAUUGCCUAGUGGAAGUCGAGGAAGGAUUAUUAAUGUCGCUAGUAUAGCGGGACUUAGAGGGUUUGGGAUGGCCGCGAGCUAUAUUGCAUCAAAGCAUAGCGUGUGCGGCUUAACCAAAGCCGCUGCCAUCGACUGUGCUCCGUACGGAGUACAAGUCAACGCUCUGUGUCCAGGCUUCGUGGAGACACCGCUUAUCAAUGAAGCACCGUUCAUUCAGGAUGCGACGAUAAGAGGAGCACUAUUUGCGAGACAUGCUUUCCGUGGAAUUGGUAAACCGGAUUAUAUUGCAAAUGCAGCUGUGUUCUUAGCUAGUGAUGAGAAUUCUUGGAUGACUGGGGUUUCUCUUCCUGUUGAUGGCGGAUAUACAUGUCAGUAA